CACAACUGCUGAGAGACCCUACCGAGGUUAGACGGUCGGCCCGGGGUUACCUGGCUCCGGUGCCCGCCACGGGUACAGGGAAGGCCUGAGCCCCUGGCAAGUUUCCAUGCUGACAUCCCUCUAAGACCUGCCUCUUCCCGCAGGUUUCCAUGGAUGCAGAAGUGGUUUUGGAAGCUACACAGGGAAGUGUGACCUUUGAGGACGUGGCCCUGUAUUUCUCCUGGGAGGAGUGGGAUCUCCUUGAUGAAGCUCAGAGAUGCCUGUACCACGAUGUGAUGCUGGAGAACCUGGCACUGACAUCCUCACUGGGUUGUUGGCAUGGAGUGCGAGAUAAGGAAGCACCUUCUGAACAGACCGUCUCUGCAGAAGGAAUGUCACAGAUCAGGACUGUCAAGGCAGGUUCAUCUCCCCAGAAGGCCCAGCCCUUUGAGAUGUGUGGCCCAGUCCUGAGAGAGAUUUUGCGUUUGCCUGAGCACCAGGGAACACAUCUUGGGCAGAAACCGUACACGUGCGGGAGUCAACUUUAUUUCACUGCCAACCUUCAACAGCACCGGGGGCAGCACAUUAGAAGGAUACCCUACAGAAGUUCUGUGGCUGGAGCCUUGUUUGUAGAGAGCUGCACGACCCGUGUGUCAAGGAAAUCCUCUUCCUGUGGGGAGAUUGGGAAGGACUUCUUAGCCAGCAUGGGCUUUCUCCAUCAACCGGCCACUCCCAGUGAGAAGGCAAACAGCGGUGAUGCCUGUGAGGCUGUCUUUCACAGCGGAAGAACGCAUCAGAACUGGGGAGGAGGCAAGAAAGCCGUCACCUGCACCGGCACGCUUGUUGACCAGAGGGCCCUCACUGCAGAAGGGCUUUAUGAGUGCAGCAGGUGUGGAAAAGCCUGCACCCGGAGAUGUAACCUCAUUCAGCACCAGAAAGUCCACACAGGAGAAAGGCCUUAUGACUGCAGUGAAUGUGGGAAGUCCUUUACCUACCUCUCGAGCUUUAUUAUACGUCAGAGAGUCCACACUGGAGAAAGG